AAUUGUGCGCGCUCUCACCACACGCAACUGCACGCGCAGCACCGCACCGCACGCGCAGCUCAACAGCUGAGCUCUUCUUAAACCUGCUUUAUUUCAGACCUUAGGAGGAAGGAGAAGCUGUGGCUCGGUUUCUGUCGGGGUUAUCUCCUCUCAGAGCUGCUGAGAACACGCGGACUGGAGGAUCCUGCAGCUGAACUGAAGAACUGAAGCAUAUUUUGAAACCAGAAGAUGGACCAGGCAAAUUUCUCAGCUGGGAACUGCAGCUCAAUCGAUGACUUCCGCAACCAGGUCUACUCCACUGCUUACUCCAUCAUCACGGUCUUUGGCCUCGUGGGCAACGGCUUUGCGCUGUUCGUGCUCCUCCGGACUUACCGCCAGUCCUCUGCCUUCCAUGUUUACAUGCUGAACCUGGCUGUGGCAGACCUGCUGUGCGUCAGCACCCUGCCACUGCGGGUGCUCUACUACGUCAAGAAGGGUCAGUGGGACCUGGGCGAUUUCCUCUGCAGGGUGAGCUCCUACGCCCUCUACGUCAACCUCUACUGCAGCAUCUUCUUCAUGAUGGCCAUGAGCUUCACCCGCUUCCUGGCCAUCGUGUUUCCCGUGCAGAACCUGCGCAUGGCCACCGAACGCAGGGCGCGCGUCGUCUGCGUCUGCAUCUGGGUCUUCAUCUGCACCACCAGCUCGCCGUUUCUCUUCUCCGGCCAGCACAUCGACCCGAAAACCAACAAGACCAAGUGCUUCGAGCCGCCGGAGGCGAGGGGCAGCAUCCAGAAGCUGAUCGCGCUCAACUACUUCUCGCUGGUGGUGGGAUUCGCCAUCCCCUUCCUGGUCAUCCUGCUGUGCUACGCUGGCAUAGUGAGAGCCCUGCUGCGCAACACCAAUGGCCUGAAGAAGCAGCGCAGCACAAGGACCAAGGCCAUCCGUAUGAUCGUGGUGGUCAUGCUGGCCUUCCUGGUGAGCUUCAUGCCGUACCACAUCCAGCGCACCGUGCACCUGCACUCCAAGAGGAAGAACGCCUCCUGCGAGGAAGUCAUCUACAUGCAGAAGUCUGUGGUGAUCACGCUUUGCCUGGCCGCUGCCAACUCCUGCUUUGACCCCAUGCUCUACUUCUUCUCCGGAGAGAACUUCCGACACCGCCUCUCUACUUUCCGGAAGGCGUCCAUGAGCAGCAACACCAACCAACGCAGCCGCCAUCUGCCACCAGCCAUCCACCCCAUGGAAGGAAGCGAGCUGAAAAAGUGCAAUGGCGCGAGUAAUCUGGGUUAGGCUGGAAGGGUGGAGAAGAAUGAGGCCUUCCAGCUAAAGAGGAGCCUUAGGGAAUAAAGACAAGUGACGGUUGCUCGUUUAUUGAAGAUCAGGACAAACCUGAAGGACAAGAAAGGAAGGGUGGUCAGUGAAGAGCGUGUAAGCCUCACGUGCUUGAGUAUUUGGACGAAGAAGAGUAAAUGUAGCCAAAAACUUGUAAUAUUGACCUAAAGAUCCAAACCUGGAGAGUAAGAUAAUGGUUCAUUUAUUGGUUCAUUCUAUACAACAUAGCAGAAGUACUGAAGCAAGUAAGCAGCCGGCUCACGCCUGAAUGUGUGCAUUGUGUUCAUACAGCUGCUUCGAAAGUGUAAGGUAAUGCCAAUUACCAAUUAUGUUUAUUGUACUCUAUAAGUGUAAUAUUAAUGAUCCAUACUUCCAAACUUUUGCAAUUUCACCAGUCGACUCAUUUAAGUAUCAUAUGAGUAUUGGUCAAAGACCAAGUAUUAUACUCUCAUGUUCUCAUAUUCCAUCGUAAUGCUAAAGGCCCAAUGUACUUACUGUAUACUACCGAUUGCUGGUCCACAGACCUAAUAAUGUAUUUAUUGUACAGUAUAUUACUACAUAUGUAUCAUGAAUAGAUUGUGUACAUGCACUGGAGCGUAUUUAUGGAGUGAAUGAACUUUUAAUGCACAAUUAAGAGCAGCUUUGUGAAAUGAAGACAAUAAAAAUGGAAUGAUAAAUUCCA